UCAUUUGUGCUUCAUGACUCUUCUUCAUGGCGCUUUUUGCCAUCUUUUAUCAGCGACGACUGAACUACUGUUGAAUCCACUAGCCGGAUAGCUAACAGUGUUCGGAUGAUAAAUUUGCAUGAAUGGUGUACAUACUACGCAUUAGACUCCGCAAAGAUGAAUGUGGGCGUUGCUCACAGCGAGGUGAACCCAAACACGCGGGUGAUGAAUAGCAGGGGGAUCUGGCUGGCCUACCUGCUGCUCACCACUGCCCUGCAUGUGGUCUUACUCAGCAUCCCUUUUCUCAGUGUGCCUGUGGUGUGGACUCUCACCAAUAUAAUUCACAACCUGGCCAUGUAUCUCUUUUUACAUACCGUCAAAGGCACGCCGUUUGAGACACCGGACCAAGGCAAGGCACGAUUGCUUACUCACUGGGAGCAGAUGGACUACGGCGUCCAGUUUACAGCGUCAAGAAAGUUCCUCACCAUCUCACCUAUUGUACUGUACAUCUUGGCCAGCUUCUACACCAAAUAUGAUACUACUCAUUUCCUAGUAAACACAGGCUCACUACUAAGUGUUCUGCUUCCCAAGUUGCCUCAGUUUCAUGGAGUUCGUCUGUUUGGUAUAAAUAAAUACUGAUAUGACACUUUAGCCCACUUGUGGAUGGGAUGUAGCAUCAUGGAGAUAAAAUGAGAUGACUGAAAUUCCUUUAUUCUCCACAUGAUGCUUCCUUGGUCCAAAGCCGUAAGGCCUUAAGGAACCAAAACUGCACUGGACUGAAGUACACUAUUUAAAAAAAGCUGAGCCUUCCAUGCUCAGCUUUAUUCAGUCCAUGGCGUUUCUUUUUUUAAAUCCUGUCUUACAUCUCCAUCACAAUUUCUAGAUUGAUCACAUUCAAGGAUGUUUUUGACUGCAUUGCACCAGACAAUGUGCCAAAUUAUCACCUGCUGAUAUAAAUUUUUAUUAAGGUUCACUUUGGAUAAACCUAUUUGCCACAACAAGCUCUGUCACUGUGGGGUCAAAGCAUGAUAGCGCUGAAUUACAAUAUUCAGACAGUUUUUGUCAGUGU